ACCUUGUUUCAGAGCGGUGCAACGUCAAAUGUAUCCCUGUUGUCAAGUAGGGUUUGAGAUGUACGUACCUGCCCAAUGUACGCAUUGUCUGCCGCUUCUUCGAACACCUUUGAACAAGCUUUUCUUAACGGCCAUCUGGAACCUGUAGGCUAAGGACCAGGACGCACACAAUUUGCCCGCGCACGCAUCGCAUCGCCCAAGUUUAGCCAGGGACAGCCGACGACGAUGGCAUCGAACAGCAAUUUUAACACCAUCGCCCUUAAACCGUCAGCUGUUGCCGUGAACGGUAACCGCAUCGUCAUGCCGAAAAGUUCCCACAGUCCGCUUCGCAAUUGUCCUGACGAAAUGGUGGAAAAGGGUACCAAGCGCAAAGCGGACAUGAGCCUUGCCAAGCAAGAGAUUGGUGCUAAACGGUUUGCGCUCGGUAAUCUUACAAAUGCCGAAGCAACAACGGGCACAACGUCGACCAUCGGGGCGGUGCUGAAAAGCAAGAUGACCAACUUCCUGAGCAAGCCGAUAUUGUCGUCGAAAGCGGCUGCAGAUGUUGGCACCAAACCAACAUGGAAGCCAAAUGAUCAACAUUUCAAGAAGAAUAAAGUGCCGAAGAUUCAUGGCGUUCCCAGGAUCAUGACGCGCGCUGCCAUGCGAAAGCAGCAAGCCGUAGAGACAAAUCAGAAGCUGCAGCAGCAAGAAAAGCCCGUCGCGCUUAUCAAGGACAAAGAGAAUGUGCCAUCGUCGUCGUCGUCGUCAUCAGAAACCUUCACAGUAGCGGCCCUUGCACAGCAACGUAAAGCGGAGAUCGAGCUGCAGGGCAAAUCGAAACCACCGCUUGUGCCUGAUAACCGAGCAUCGUGGAAGAACGUUUUGCGAGCUCGAACGACAGCUAUUGUGGAAGAAGCAGAAAGUACCAAGCACGAGGCCGCAAACUAUGCCGAGCAGAAAAAGGCUCAACCAACCGUCAGCAGCAACGCUUUAUCGAAACGCUCCGAGCUGAAGCCAAAACGGGCCCGUGCGUCCAGCGAGUUUGAAGCGAGCGACAACUCACUGUACGUGACGGCGGUGGAAAACUUCGAAGAUGCAGCUACGGCCCCUUCCGGCAGCAAAGCCGAUGGCGCCCCAGAGGCAGGUCCGAAAGGUGAGGUUGCGGUGCAAUACAAGAAACCACAGCCAGCGGCAGCAAACGUUGCGAAGCCAAAGCGUGCUGGUGGUCGGGGUUCCAGCGAAUUCGAGGACAGUUCGCUGUAUGUGACGGCGGUCGAACAUUUGGAUGCGGCAGCAGGCACAUCAUCUACAUUGACCAAAGCCAACGUAAUUGUGCCAACCGUUAUCGAAAAGACCGUCGACUCACUGCCGAUCCUCGACAAGAAGGCGAAAGCACCGAAGCCCGUAGACGAUGAUACUGGCCCAUGGAAAAUGUCAAUCGAAGAAAAUGUCGCCCUAACCCGUGCCGCAACGGCUGAGAUCGGUGUGCCACGCAAACCACCGCCGGCUGGCAUCGAGGAUUACGAUCUAUGCUACUGGAACGAUAUCUACCAGGUGUCGGAGUACGCACAGGACAUCUUUGAGUAUCUGAAGGCCCGAGAGCCCGCCUACAAAAUACCGGACUACAUGGGACGGCAGAAGCACCUGACGAAGCGCAUGCGUGCCCUGCUGGUCGAUUGGAUGAUCGAGAUCCAGGAAACGUUCGAGCUGAACCAUGAAACGCUCUACCUGGCGGUAAAGAUAUUGGACACAUACCUUUCCCGUGUGACGAUCGGUCACGAAGUGCUGCAGCUUGUGGGGAUUGCCGGUAUGCUGAUCGCUUCCAAGUACGACGAACGCUUGCCUCCGACGGUCGAUGAUUUUGUGUACUUUUGCGACGGCGCUUACGACCGCACGGACCUGCUGAAGAUGGAACGUACAGUGUUCCGUACGAUCGAGUAUGAUCUCGGGUUUCCGCUAUCGUACCGUUUCCUGCGCCGGUACGCACGCGUCAACCGCAUCCCGAUGAUGACGCUCACGCUGGCCCGCUACAUCCUUGAAACGAGCCUGAUGGAUUACCACACGGUGCAUGUGCGCGAUUCGAAGCUUGCUUGUGCCGCACUCUUCAUCGCCCGGCGUAUGUUGGACCAGCCGGGAUGGAACGAAACGCUCGAACAUUACUCAAGUUACAAGGUGGAACAGUUUAAGGAGACGAUCAAAUUGCUCAAUAACGGUAUGUGCUCUCGGCAGUAUUCCUUCGACACCGUGCACAAGAAAUACUCGCACGAGCUUUUCUUCGAGGUGGCCAAACGUCCCGUCAUCACUAGCUUGGAAAAACUGUUUGCCACCACUAACGUUUCGGUUGUUGCAAAACCACCCACCGUACCGACGACUGUCACUGUUGCCCAGGCAGCAACAAUCCUUCCGAUCUCAGCAGCCAAAGAAAGCGUAGCCAUUUCUUCAACCAGCACCACCAACAGCAACCACGACGACGACGACCGUUAACAAAUGAGCAAAUUUCAAACCCGACAAAGCAAAGCAUUUCCCCUUUCGAAAUGAACGGUGGUGGCUGAUCGUUGUGGGUCUGAUCGUGAACUCAGCACAUGAAGGUAACGUCGUUAAUUCCUGCACUAAAUAAAAUGUAAGAAAUUUCAUUCACUGACCAAGAAACACCGGGGAAAGAUGCCUUUUAAGAGCCCCCCUCCACCCCGUCGUGUAAAUCACGAAUUGUUACGUUAAUAGCUAAAUGCUCUGCAGCAACAACUCUGCUUGCCAGCCAUUUCACAUUAUCAUCGCGUGCCAAGAAACAGCUGGUGGUAGGAGCGUGCGCAUCUCCCCUCGUGUUAGCAUUAAGUCUUUUUUUUCUUUUCCAUUCAUUUAUUACUCAUUUAAUUGCGUUUUUUUUUGCUGUUGUUUAUUUUCCUACAUUAAUGAGUCCAUGUGUUGUAACUAACUAAGGCUAGGACGUUAGCGGUGUUCGGCAAGACGAUCUUGCAAAUGAGACUGAUAUUUGAGCAAACUAGAAAUCGAAAAACAAACCACUGACGAUUGCUCUCGACGUCAUCUCUCGUGUUAAGGUAGAAGCGUUCUUGUACUAUGAAUUGAUUUUUGCGCAAAUGUUUUUUUAUAAACAUGCGCUACAUGUAAUAUCAAAUAAAUGUGUUUUACUGUGGAAACUACACCAGA